AUGGAUAAAUAUACAUUCAAAAAUGGAGAAAAUGAAAAUACCUUAACUAAGCAAAAUUACAAGUUAAUUCAUAUAUCUAAUGUUGUAAAUAAUGACAAAAUAAAAGAAAAUGGAAACGAAAAAUAUAGUAGACAAAUUUAUUCAAACUUGACAUAUCCUAUUUUAAAGAAAAUUGAUAUUAGAGACUUUGAUUAUUACAUAAAAUACAUAACAAAGAUAAAUAUUAUAAAAGAUCUAAAUAAUGAAAAUUUAAGUGAAAUUAACUUAAAUUAUUUUGAGGAUAUGUUAAAGAAUCCACAUGAACAUAUUCGAAUAGAAAAAUAUAAAAAAGAAAUUAAGAAUGAAGUAGACAUAAAUUUUGAUAAAUUGGAAAUAUAUUCUAAAUAUAAGUAUAAUAUUUUUUUUGAUGAAGAUGUAAAAUGUAAUUUAUCAAAUAUUAUUACACUACAAGAACAAUUAAAUGAAGAUCUUGAUAAUAUUGAAAAGUAUGUCAAUUUAUUAAUAUCUAAUGAGUUUCCUGAUUACUUUUAUAUAAUUAUUAUAUUAAAAGAAUUAAAAGAUGAAAUAGAAAGUUUACACAAUGAAGUAAAUUACAUAAAAACACAUACAAAUAAUAUAAGAGAAAUAAUUUUAAAAUUGAUUCAUUUAAAUAAAUAUAACGAACUAAAAAGGAAAUGUGAAAAAAUAAAUUGUAUUUUUAAAAAGUUUAUAUAUUUUCAAAAUUUACUGAAAAAAUUAAGAUUUUAUAUUCAAUCAAAAAAGUUUUACGAAUGUUUAUUUCUUGUAAAUAGGAUUCUUAAAUUGCAUCAUUAUUGUAAAAAUACUAUAAAUUUUAAUUUUUUUAAAAAUUAUUUUUCUAAUUUUAACAUAUGCUAUUUGAAAAAUUUUGUGUCUAAAAAUUUAGUUUUUGAAUUUUCGUAUUAUUCUAUAUUAUUUAUAUUUAGCAAGAAUAAAAUUAGUUUAAGAAAAAAGGAAACAAACAUUUUAGAUAAACAUAAAAGUUCUAAAGAUACAAGAAAAAACAAAAAAAAAAACAAUAAUAAUACAAUAAAUCUAUAUAAUAUUGAAAAAAAAAUUCUUAAUUUUGUAAAACUUCAUAAAUUAUCUAAUAAAAGGUUUUUAUUUCAUUUUAUUAAAAAAAAAAAAUACUUUAAAAUACACAGAAAUAAAAAAAAAAUUAAGUCAAAAAACUAUAGGAGAAGAGACGUUUAUUCAUUAAUGCAAAAAGACUAUAGAAAAGAAAGAAGGAUAUAUGAAAAAGGCGCGAUCAAUAUAAAUAAGUUAAUUAUACCAAUAUUAUUAUAUAAUGAAUUAUUUAAUCAUUUAGACCACUUUUGUCUAAAUAAUAAUUAUAUAAAAUAUUUUUUGGAUGAUAUAUUUUAUCAUGCAUUGAAUGAAUAUAUUAUACUUAUGCAGAAUGAUAAGUUGUGUGAUAUAAAUAACUUUCCUGAAAUAUGUUCAUUCAAUCAUGAUGAGGAUAAGAUAAAUAAUGAUAAGAAUCAGUUAACUAACAAUUAUAAAUUAAAUAAUAAAAAUAAAGAGAUAUUAGAUAAAAAAAAUAAAAAAAAACAAAGAAAAAACAAAAAUAAAUAUAACAAUUUGAAUAGAGAAUAUAUUAAUAAGGAUGACGUAACCAAAUAUAAUACAAAUUUAAAUAAAAUAAAAUUUUAUUAUGAUAAUCUGAUUAUAGAAAAAUUUAAAAAACGUUUAAUAUUAAGUUAUACUAAAAAAUCAAUAACAAAUAAUUUACAUAAAUAUAUAUGUUUUUUUCCAAUAUCAUAUUUUGUAGCUUUUUUAAAUAAUUUUUUUAAUAAAAUGAAAUUAGUAUAUUGCAAAAUAAAAAAAUGGAUGAGUUUCAUAAUAUUUAAGACAUUUUCAAUAAUUUUUGAUAAUGAUUAUAUAAAUAAUGUAAAAAAACAUGUUAUUUUUUUCAUUUUCGAUUGCUUUUUAUUUAAAAAUGUGAAACUAACAAGUAAAAUCAAAUUUAUAUUCUUCAGAUAUUUAAGGAAUUAUAUUGACAUAUUUCACACUUUUUUAAACUAUUUUUUAAAACAAGUUUUACACAUUUUUAAUGAAAGAAAAAAAAAUACAAUUCAUUUAAGUAUAAAUCAAGUUAUUCAUUUAUUUUGGAGUAGUAUUAAUAUAAUUUUUUUUAUUACUAAAAAUAGAAAGAAAUUACCUCAAAACUAUUUUGAUAUAUUUUUUUAUUUGUAUUAUAAAUAUUUAUAUGUUAGUAAGAAAUUUUUUAAGAUAAAGAAAAUUAAAAAUAAUAACAGAUAUUUCAUGAAAAAUAGAACUAAUAAAAUUAUUAAGUUCAAUUGUUUACUUUUGCAAUCAAUUAAAACAAAAAGACAAAACAAAGAAGAAUUAAUAAAACGUAAAUUUUUUAUAAAAGUAAAAUUUGUAAAAUUUUAUUUUAGAAUUAUGAGAAAAUUAAAAUGUAUCAGUAAAAACAAUAAAAAGUGGAAAAAAAAAAAAAUUAUUAAGAGAUAUAAGUUUACUGUUUUAUUAAGCAAAAAUAAAAACUAUAACAAUAAUAAUAUUGAAUAUAAUAAAAAUGAUAAAAAAUAUAAUAACAUCAAAAAGAAUUAUAGUGAAAAUGUUUACUUUGGGGAAUCUUCUAAUUUAAUUAGUAAUUGCAAAAAAAAAAUUAAUAUAGGAAAGAAAAAUAAGGAUAAUAAUUCUUCUCAUAAAGAUGAAAAUCAUUAUCAUCAUAGUAAAAUUAAUAGAAUCUCCUUAAAGAAACAGAUUAGCAAUAGUUUAUUAUAUAAUGAGAAAUUAGAACAAUUGAGAAAAAAACUAAAAGAAAAAAUCAAUCAUAUAAAUAUCUUUAUAGAAAAAAAAUCUAUAAAAAAGAUUUCCAAAUAUUUUAAACUUGAGGCAUUAAUAUCAAUUGAAAAUUUUUAUGAGUUUAAAAAUAUACAAAUUAAGAAAUUAUUUGAAAUUGAAAAAUGGGAAAUAGUUGAUAUACCUAAUGAGAUAAAUAUCAAAUUAAAAGAAUAUUUUUUUAUAAAUAAUGAAUGUAUUAAUAAAAUAUAUAUAAAUAAUAAAUAUUAUUAUAUGACAAAUAGUAAUAUAACUUUUUUAUGUACCUUGUUUCAGUAUAUAAGUUUUCUUAUAGCUCUUCCAUUUAUAUCAAAUGAAAUUUUAAAUAAAAUUUUGCUUUUUUAUGAAUUUUUUUUUCAAAAUAUUCAACAUUUAAUAAUAAAUGGAUAUGCUGUUACAAGUAACACUCUUAAUAGCAUUACAAUAAAAAUUUUAGCGUUGGUUAUUAAUACUAUUGAUUUUAUGUACUCUAUUUUAAGAUAUAUAUUCACAAUUUAUUAUAAUUUAUUACAAAUGUGUGCGAAAAAGAGAAAAAAAAAAAAAAAAUUUGUUUCAAAAGAGUUAUCUGAAUUUUCAGAAAUUUUAUAUUCAAAAAAAAAAUUACAGAAAAAGCAUUCUAUAGAAAUAAAAGAAAAAUUAAAAACACACAAAAAAAAUAGAAAUGUUCAUAUGUAUGCAAACACUCUUGAUGUGAAUCAUAUGAAUGUUACGAAUGAGAAAAUUAGAAGAUUAAAUAUAGAAAAAAAUAAUUCUUAUAACAAAAGUAAUAAAAUGAGAAAAUCCUACAAAAUUAAAAUAAAACAAAAAAAAAAAAUUAAUAUAUUAAAUUAUUCGGACAAUUAUAUUGAUAGUAAUUACAAAGUAAAUGAAAAAAGUUUUAAACAAACUUUUUUUAACAAAAAUUUAAAUGAAAAGACAAAUAAAAAUAGCAAAUUAAGUAUUCUUGGAGAAUUAUUAGUAGAUACAGAAGCUUACCCUAUAAAAACUAUUCUUGAUUUUAUAAAACCUUUUAAAAAAUUAUUUUACAGAGAUAGAUAUUUACCUAUUUAUUUUCGAUUUCAAAAUAAUAAACAAGAAAUAUAUUUCGAAAAAUUUAAGAAUUUAAUAGAUAAAAUAUUAUUUUUAAAAAAAAAGUUAAGUGAAAAAAUAGUUGAUAUAUUGACAGUAAGGUUUGAUUAUUAUGCAAAUAUUUGGCUUUCUUCGGAUAAUUUAAUCAAUAAUGAGAAAGUGAAUUCCAUAAAUUAUGAAUGCGACAUUUUGCCAUUUGGAAUGCAGCUACAUUCUGCAUACAAGCUAUUGUCGGUAUAUUUACAUGAAAAUGAUACAAAAAAUAUCUUUAGUGUUCUUUUUCAAGAUAUAGCUAAUAGAUUUAGAUUAAGAAUAAACAUUAUGAAAGAAAACAAUAAAUAUAAACAAAUUGCAACAAGACUGCUAGAUAAUAAUAUUUCAGAUAUAUCAGAAAUUGAUAAAUUAAUUUUAAAUUAUUACAACAAUGAAUAUAAUGAAAAAAUCCAUAAAAUUAUAAAUAAAAACAUAGGUGAUAAAAUAUUAAUUGAUAUAACAAAUGUUUUAGUUAUCUUAUAUAAAAUACCAUUGUUAUGUGAUAUAUUAGAAAACUUUCUAACAGAUUUUUUACACAUUUGUAAAAUGUUUUGGCAUAUAGAAAUUAACCCUUUUAUAAUCUUGAAAAAAUAUAAAAAAUAA